CGCUGUCGAAUGAUGCCGAUAGAAAUGACAAGAAUAGAGCGGACGUGAUUCCUUAUUCUAAAUGUCAGAGAUAUGUUUGUCCUACAUCGUGUAUUUCUAUCUGAACGUUCAAAAAUGUUGCGUCUUGCUGAACCGCCCCCAACAAUGUUUUUUUUAACACGGAAAUAUAAGUGAAAGUAAAAUAGGUAUAGCUACACACAAGGCCACUGCAGCAGAGACAGAUUUCAGAGACACGAGAUACAUCCAUAUGUAGUUGGGAGAUCCAACGUGUUGAAACAUACCAGUGAUGUUGCAGUAACAACCUGAGACAUGGCCUCUACAAGACAAUCUGCUUUAGAGUACAUUACAAAUGGAAGGUUACGUCUCAUUGGACGUCUCCAGAAUCUGCCCCUCAUUUUGGAAAACCUGUUCCAGCGCAAGGUUCUUCACGAGGAGGAAGUCAGUAAAAUUCAGGCUGAAGUUGACCAUUUUGACCAAACCAGAAAAAUACUGGACUGGGUCUCGGCCAAAGGAGAGGCUGCAUGCUACGAGUUACUGAUGAUUCUAGACAUGACAAGGAAGAGGACCCUAGAUGACGCUGACUUACAGCAAUGGAUCAGCUGCUUCCCCUUCAAGGACGACCCAGAGAUGACAGACUACUUUGUUGGUUCAAAACCUUGUCACGGAUAUCAGACACAGCUGAAAUGUAAAGCACGGAAGAUCACAGAGGGUGCAUGGAAACAUAGCUGUAGUCUCCUACCAGAUAGAUGUAGAAAUGGGGGGACUUUCUCUUACACCCCUCUUGUGUUAGAUACAGAUGAGCAUUCAUCUGACUCUAAAAUUAAAGUGAAAAGCAAAAUAUGCAAGAAAGCUCGCCGUAAAAAACUAAAGAGCUUCAUCCCCUUGGCAAAACAGGAAACAUCCCCAGCUGACCUGCUUAAAACACAUGAAAAAAUCCUCCUCGUUGGAAAACCUGGAAUUGGAAAAACAUCAGUAUCCCAUCAAAUGUUGAACCUCUGGGCAGAAAAAGAUCAUAGAGAACUAGAUUACAUGUUUUAUUUUGAGGCGAGAGACAUUUCACACAGAAAACCCAUGAGCCUGGAGGACCUUCUCUUUAACAUGUACAGUGAGCCAAACGAAAGUAAAGAAGAAAUCUUACAGGAUAUUAAGAAGAACUCUGAAAACGUUGUCAUCAUAUUUGAUGGAAUCACAGACCUCUCCUCUCUAUCGGUAGUAAAGGACCUUGUGGAGAACCUCCUGCCUGAUGCAAAGAUUGUGACCACAUGCAGACCAGAUCAAUCUGAAGACUUCCUGACAGACUGGCCCACAGACUGGUUCAGAGUGGAGGUGAAAGGGUUCAGUGAUGAAUCCAUCAGGGCUUAUUUAACACAGAUGCUGAGUGCUGAGCUUGACUCCUUGAGCAGUGUGUUAAACAACCUAGAGUUGUUCAGUCUGUGCCAUGUCCCAAUGUACGCACUGAUGGUGGUUGCUUGUAGUUAUUAUUCUACCCUAGCGGAUUCUAAGCAGCCAUGUUCUACAACUAAGAUGUACAUCAACAUCCUCCGUCACUGCAUCCAAAAACACAGUGGCAAACGACUGGAAGAUCACAACAAGUGUCUCAUACAAAACAGAGAGAAAAUAUUGUCUUUGGCAGAAAUUGCUUUUGAUGCAACAAAUGAGAAAAACAUGAACUUGACAACACUGAGUUGUGAAGAAGGCAGUGUCCAUUUUGCCUUCUUGGGGGCAUUUAUGGUUAAGGUUGAGCCCACUGCAUCAGACACUUGCUCUGCGUUUCUCCACUACACAAUGCAGGAGUUCUUUGGUGCCCUUUGGCUCUUACAGAAUCCAGACAAAAUCAGAGAGGUUCUAGAGAAGUGCCCGACUGAAGAAUGGAAACACACAAAACACUUAAUUCCUUUCCUGUGUGGGCUUCUGAAUGAGAGGAAUACUAGAUUGGUAAACAGUCUAGUUCCAGCUGAACAGAUCAAGAAGACAUCAGAUUGGUUCUUCAAGGAAGUGGUGAACACAUUUCUUCCAUCUCAAACAAACCAAGAUCAUGUAGAAGGUGGUGCUCCCGAGUCUGAGAAAGAUCUUCUGUUUUUGUGUCAGUGCUUGUAUGAAUAUCAGUCUACUGAGGCCUGUCUGCUUCUCCUGGACAAACUGGACUACCAUCUAGACCUGAGUGAAGAACAUCUGGAUCCUCACCAGUGCUGUGCAGUCUCUUAUGUGACCAGUCAGUCUGCAGAGAGAAAGGUUGGCUUGGACCUGAAUGGCUGCACUGUGUCAGACCAAGGAGUAAGGCUGAUACUGGGCUCUCUGAAGAAUGUCAGACAUCUUGGACCAUCCUCUGAUGAUUCAUCUGACCCCUCAAUGCUCUAUCAACUCUGGACAACUUUGCUGAGCAGUGAGACAGAGAUGGAUUUCACCAGCUUACUUGGCAUCUGUGGAAAGGAGUUGCACCUUCCAGUCCAGGGUGAAAGACGAGUGUUUGAGAGAGCAGAAGAAGUGAUGACACAGAGUCUAGAGAGGGUUAAUCUCUGUCUACACUGGGAUCAGAGAACUGUUCUCAGUAAAGCUCUCAGCAAAACCAUCUUAAAGUGUCUACCACAUAUCAACAAGCUCAGUUUUACUCCACCACAGGGUCAGAGAAGAUCCCCUGAAGAGAGGACAAAGAGAGAGAGGACAUUCCUACUGAAUAUGUGCCUUCAAGCAGCUCUCCAUGAGAGAGGAACCAUACAAACAGCUGUAGAGAAAGUGUUGUCACUGUCUGAAGUAUAUCACAAUCAGAAAUGUGAUUUCCUGCUGGAUCUGUACUCACAUGUGAAGGACUAUGAGACUCAAACAGGCAGGAUGGUCCUUCCAGCAUUACAGCCAGUUUACCAGUCAGCUCCUGCAGUCUGGUCCAUAGACCUCUCAGAGAGAAAGGCCUCCCUCCUCCUAGAAGUGCUGAAACUCCAACCAGAGAAGAAACCAGUAGAGCUGAAGGGCUGGUCAGAUGAAGAGAGUGAAGUGAGGAGUUUCCUUCAGUGUCUGCCCUACAUCACACAGCUGAGGCUGAAUGUGGGUGUGGCAGUGAAACUGUCCAGACUGGUUAGGAGGAUAGAGAGAGGUGCUACUCCCCUGAUUGUCCCAGAAUUCUCCUUGGUCCUAAAGAGCAGCCAGACACCAGAGAUUGUGUUAUCCAGGGCUCUGAGUAAUGUGGUGUCCCUGCUGAGACUCUGGAGGGUUCAGUGUCUGGACCUGACUGACCUUUGGAUCCAGGGUCACUCUCUCAUCACACUGCUGUGUCACCAGGGACCUCUCUCUCUCAGACUAAACUCAGACACUUUGCAGCAGCUGACUGUAGUUGUGUAUGAAGCUCAGGACAAGGAGUUGACUCAGUGGUUCCUGGAGAAGGUUGGUGGAGACCUGACCUCCUGCAGGCUGGACUGGGAGGUGCUUCUCUCUCUGCUGCAGCAUUCAACCCACAACAUCACUGUGGACCUCAAGAAGAACCGGCUUCUAGAGAAGAGCAUCUCAGAUCUUCUCCCCUUUCUGGGAAGGGUUACUCUCAAGAGGUCCAGUUCCAGCUUUGUAAAGUCCACCAUCAGACAGAUCUAUGACAGAGCCAGUGAAUGUGUGUCCAGUUUGUUGAGUUCUUCAGACCAUUGGAUCAACCUGAACAGCAGAGAGCUGGACAGAGUGGACUGUACUGCUCUGUGUUUUACCCUGCAGCACAGCCACCAAGUCAAAGUCAACCUGCUGUGGACCUCCAUACCAUCGGGGGAGAUAGAGAGCAUCCUGCCUCUUCUGGACAGAGUCUCCCAACUCAGUGUUGACAGGAGGUUACUGCUGAGUUUCCUCCAGUGCUGUGCUUCCUCUCAGAUCCAGCAGGGGGCGCCAUCAUCACCACCAACAGCAGUAUGGCUGCUCAGGUCUCUGCACUACAGACUGGACUUCUCCUGCUCCUCCUCUGUGGACCUGUCAGUUCAGGACCAGGAGAAGGCUCUGUGUCUGACCACUGACCACUGCAUGGCCAUCAACUCUGUUCUGAAGCAGAACCAACACAGCACCCAGCUGGUCCAGAACCAGGUCCAGCUCAUCCUAAGAGACUGUGAGGUGAAGGACAGAGCACUGAGGGAGCUGCUUCCCAUCCUGCAUAUUGUCAAGCUGAGCCCCAGCAAAGCUCUGCUACUUCAGCUGCUGGACCUUGUGUGUGAGGGGAUUGAAGAGGGGCUGCUGAGGCACGCAGAGUCCCUGUGCAGAGCCCUGGAUGGGGAGCUGGACCUCAGUGAGACCAGGCUGGACCAGAAGGCCUGUGGAUCUCUGGCCCUGGUUCUGGAACACUCAGAGGGUCUGUCAGAACUGGACCUCAGCCACUGUCAACUCACAGACCACCAGCUACAGCCCCUGAUCACACACCUGCAUAAAGUACAAGUCCUGGACCUGAGCCACAAUGUCAUCACUGAUGCUCUGACUGACAGAAUACUCCAACUGGUCUCUACCAACACUUCAAUACACACCAUACGACUCUUCAACAACAGAAUCCAGGACAGAAGACCCUUCCUGACAGACAAGAGGUUUGACAUCUGGUGAAACAACAUCAGGUCUUAGUUCAGGAAGAGAAGGCUGAAUCCAGGACAGAAGACCCUUCCUGACAGACAAGAGGUUUGACAUCUGGUGAAACAACAUCAGGUCUUAGUUCAGGAAGAGAAGGCUGAAUCCAGGACAGAAGACCCUUCCUGACAGACAAGAGGUUUGACAUCUGGUGAAGAUAAUUUAUAAUAACAGGAUAAUGUGUCAAUGUAGAAGGCUGGUUCAAAAUCACACUGAUUGAUCUGAGAAAAUUGUCCUACUGUAUAUUCUGGUGGACACAGUGGUACUUAAGUAAAAAUACUACUUGGGAUUGCUGUAUCACAACCGGACGUGAUUGGGAGUCCCGUAAGGUGGCGAACAAUUGGUACUAAAAUUUUUUAAAAAGUACUACUUAUGCCGUUUGUUAGUGUAUCUGUACUUUACUAUUUAUAUUUUUGAAUACUUUUACUUCACUACAUUCCUAAUGAAAAUAAUGUACAGUUUACUCCAUUCAUUUUCCCUGACACCCAAAAGUAUUUAGAAUACUUAGCAGGACACGAAUAUGGUCCAAUUCACACUCUUAUCAAGUGAACAUCCCUGGUCAUCUCUACUUCCUCUGAUCUGAUGGACUCACUAAACAGAGAACAUCCCUGGUCAUCUCUACUUCCUCUGAUCUGAUGGACUCACUAAACAGUGAACAUCCCUGGUCAUCUCUACUGCCUCUGAUCUGAUGGACUCACUAAACAGAGAACAUCCCUGGUCAUCUCUACUGCCUCUGAUCUGAUGGACUCUCUAAACAGAGAACAUCCCUGGUCAUCUCUACUUCCUCUGAUCUGAUGGACUCACUAAACAGAGAACAUCCCUGGUCAUCUCUACUUCCUCUGAUCUGAUGGACUCUCUAAACAGAGAACAUCCCUGGUCAUCUCUACUUCCUCUGAUCUGAUGGACUCACUAAACAGAGAACAUCCCUGGUCAUCUCUACUUCCUCUGAUCUGAUGGACUCUCUAAACAGAGAACAUCCCUGGUCAUCUCUACUUCCUCUGAUCUGAUGGACUCUCAAAACAGAGAACAUCCCUGGUCAUCUCUACUUCCUCUGAUCUGAUGGACUCUCUAAACAGUGAACAUCCCUGGUCAUCUCUACUUCCUCUGAUCUGAUGGACUCUCUAAACAGUGAACAUCCCUGGUCAUCUCUACUUCCUCUGAUCUGAUAGACUCUCGAAACAAACUCAGUUUGUAAAUGAUGAGUCCCUGUGGCUUUCCGUAAAUGUAAAAGACAAGAAAAUCGUGCCGUCUGGGUUUCUUAAUAUUAUUUGAAAGGAUUUAUUCUUUUAAUUUUGAUACUUAAGUAUAUUUUAAAUACUUUAAGACCUUUACUCAGGUAGUAUUUUACUGGGCGCCUUGCACUUUUCCUGGGUCAUUUUCUAUUAUCUUUACUUUUACUUUUUUGUGUACUUUUUCCACCACUGCUUAAAUGGAAUCAUAAAAGUAGUUAACUCUUGAAUGUGUGAGUGAGUGUGAGGGUUAAGAACAUGUAGUUUUAUUUACCAGUUUGUGUGUAAAUACUUUAUUCAUACAUUAUUUUGUUUCUUUUAAUAAAUGAUUGGAAUGAACUUGUUUUAUUCAUGUGUUUUAAGCUUUUAUUUUUUAUUUUUUCAUACUUGAUGCUUUUUGUUGAUCAAUUUGUGACAUUUAUAGUUUUGUUUUGAACAGAUUACUGUGAAUGUGUUCUACAAUUGUUUGUUGAUGACAGCUUUAAACACUCUUGGCAUUCUCUCAACCAGCUUCACCUGGAAUGAUUUUCCAACAGUCUUGAAGAAGUUCCCACAUAUGCUGAGUACUUGUUGGCUGCUUUUCCUUCACUCUGCGGUCCAACUCAUCCCAAACCAAUUGAAUUCAGGUGAUUGUGGAGGCUAGGUCAUCUGAUGCAGCACUCCAUCACUUGUCUUCUUUGUCAAAUAGUCCUUACACAGCCUGGAUUGGGUCAUUGUCCUGUUGAAAUACAAAUGAUAGUCCCAAUAAGCGCAAAUCAAAUGGGUUGGCGUAUCGCUGUAGAAUGCUGUGGUAGCCAUGCUGGUUAAGUGUGCCUUGAAUUCUAAGUAAAUCACAGACAGUGUCACCAGCAAAGCACCAUCACACCUUCACACCACCACCUCAUGCUUCAUGGUGGGAACCACACGUGCUGAGAUCACCGUUUACCUACUCUGCGUUUCAUAAAGACACGGCGGUUGGAACCAAAUCAUCUCAGAUUUGGACUCAUCAGCCCUAUUUCUUGGCCCAAGCAAGUCUCUUCUUCUUAUUUGUGUCCUUUAGUAGUGGUUUCUUUGUAGCAAUUUGACCAUAAUGGCCUGAUCCAUGCAGUCUCCUCUGAACAGUUGAUGUUUAAAAUGUGUCUGUUACUUGAACCCCGUGAAGCAUUUAUUUGGGCUGCAAUCUGAGGUGCAGUUAACGUGACUGAACUUAUCCUCAGCAGCUAACAGGUAACUCUGGGUCUUCCGUUCCUGUAAUUUCUCUUUGCUUAUUUGAGCUGUUCUUGCCAUAAUAUUGGCUUGGUCUUUUACCAAAUAGAGGUAUCUUCUGUAUACCACCCCUACCUUGUCGCACCACAACUAAUUGGCUCAAACUUAUUAAGAAGAAUAGAAGUAGAGGUGACUCUGGGUCUUCCGUUCCUGUGGCAUUCCUCAUGAGAGCCAGUUUCAUCAUAGAGCUUGAUGGUUUUUGAGACUGCACUUGAAAAUGUUUUUAAAGUUCUUGAAAUGUUCUGCAUUGACUGAACUUCAUGUCUUCAAGUAAUGAUAGACUGUAAUUUCUCUUUGCUUAUUUGAGCUGUUCUUGCCAUAAUAUUGGCUUGGUCUAUUACCAAAUAGAGGUAUCUUCUGUAUACCACCCCUACCUUGUCGCAACACAACUAAUUGGCUCAAACUUAUUAAGAAGAAUAGAAAUUCCACAAAUUAACUUUUUACAAGGCACACCUGUUAAUUGAAAGUAAUUCCAGGUGACUACCUCAUGAAGCUGGUUGAGAGAAUGCAAAUACACUUUUUUUGGAUACUACAUCAUUCCAUAUGUGUUAUUUUAUAGUUUUGUCUUCCACUAUUAUUUUAAAAUGUAGAAAAAGGUAAAAAUAAAGAAAAACCCUUUGAAUGAGUAGGUGUGUCCAAACGUUUGACUGGUACUGUCUGUAUAUAUAUAUAUGUGUGUGUAUGUGUAUAUAUAUGUAUGUGUGUAUAUAUAUAUAUAUAUACACACAGACAGUACCAGUCAAACGUUUGGACACACCUACUCAUUCAAAUAACCUAACCUCUUUCAAAAUAACAUAUAUAGUGGACUAAAUCACCUGUUUUAUUACAUCCCCUAUAUCUGUCUGUUUCUCGUUUUUUUCCCCUGUGUCAUCAUUAUUGUCGUUUGUGUUUCCCUUGUCCAGACGCUGUUCUUGUUUUGUCUGAUGUCCGUAUUCUGUUUCUGUCCGUUGGUUAUUAAAUGUUCACACCCUUACUUGCUUCUCGUCUCAAGCGUUGGUCUUCACAGUCCUAGUUCAAGUCAGAACAAAGCUGCCUGACGGGGUCACAUACACAUUGAAACAUCCAGCCCAAAGUGGGAGGUUUAGAGAAUACUUUCUUAGUUCCCAAAGUAAGAUCAUUUUACCUCCAUUGGUUGUAAAUAUUAGGGAUAAAUAUGCAUUCCAUUUCAUCUAAUUUUAGCCUCUUCCAUUUGCUUUGUGCAUACCAUCAAAUCUAAUUGUAACACUCACAUGUUUAGUAGAUGUUAUUGGUCACACUCACAUGUUUAGUAGAUAUUUUUGGUCACUCACAUGUUUAGUAAAUGUUAUUGGUCACACUCACAUGUUUAGUAAAUGUUAUUGGUCACAAUCACAUGUUUAGUAAAUGUUAUUGCAUGUGUAGCGAAUUGCUUGUAUUUCUAGCUCCAACAGUGCAGUAACAUCUAACGAUUUUACAACAUAUACCCAAUACAUACAAAUCUAAAGUAAAGGAAUGGAAUUAAGAAUAUAUAAAUGUAUGGAUGAGCAAUGUCAGAGCGGCAUUGACUAAGAUACAGUAGAAAUAGAAUACAAUGUGAGAUGAGUAAUGCAAAAUAUGUAAACAUUAUUAAAGUGACUAUUGUUCCAUUAUUAAAAUGGCCAGUGAUUUCAAGACUAUGUUCGUAGGGCAGCAGCCUCUAAAGUGCUAGUGAUGACUAUUUAAGUUGAUGACCUUGAGAUAGAAGUGCCGGACCAUUCUCUCAGGUCCCAGCUUUGAUGCCCUGUUCUAUUGAUGUGAUUAUCAGUUGAUGAUGUAUUUCUUUCCUUUUGUUUCCAUAACAAUCAUCUAGGGACAGGUGUUGGAAAUGAGUUUAGGCUGGAAACACUAUAGUCCAUCUGAAGAUUGUUUAAUGUGAUGAUGUGUUGGUACUUGUCUCUAUCCAAAUAAAACAAAACACACACGUUUUAAGACUUUUUUCUGGUAUCAAAACAGAAAAACCUCCCAAAUGUUUACAUUUUUUGACCGUUUAAAUUAUUUAUAUUUUGUUUGUGUUUUUAAUAAAUGUCCCAUGAGGCACAUGA